AUGUGGUUGAGUGUAUUGUCACACACAAGAUUAUUAUUAAUAAUUGUACAGGUACUUGUAUUAUUUGUGGAACAAUUUUGUCAAGCAAUUCAAGCAAAGGGUAAUCCAUACGCCGUCAUUAUGGUUUCAUCUGCUCGAACUUCAACCCAUAAUCCACUUCGUUCAUUGGAAAAUGUUACCUUGUGGUGCCAGGCGGAAGAUCGAGGCGUAGUAGCACAAAUCAAAUCGGCGGUAUUUGUGCGAAAACGGGACGGUAUGAUGCUUAAAGCUGACAUAAGCAGUGAUCAUAAACGAGCUUAUCAUCAUUUCGGUUUAGCAGAUGUUGCUGAUUCUGGUAAUUAUGCAUGCAGGCUAAUGACAACUAAUGGAUUGAGUGUCAGUGGCAAUCAUCAAGUGUUCGUUCGUCCUGUGGUCCUAGCAGAUGUCGGACACUUUGAGCCACGGAAAAAUGAUCCAUUUUCAUUCGAUGGUAAUGGCAUUACGGUUGUUCGAGGCUCAUCAGCUGAAAUUACUUGUCCAGUGAUCGCUUUCCCAACACCUCGAUUUUCUUGGACAAAAGAUGGUAAAGAAUUCACUAUAAAAGACGAUCGUGUGAACAUAAAAAGUGAUGGGAAAAUAUUGAUUGAUCAAGUUAGGGAUAGUGAUAAAGGUGUAUAUGAAUGUACUGCAACAAACGAAUAUAUCGUCAAUGGCCAUACAGAAGCACAUCAAGUGAUGCUGGCCAGGAUGUUACGAGUUAAAAGUGAAUUGGCCUGGUUAUGGCCAUUGCUGGUGAUUAUUAUCAUUAUCCUAUUACUUAUGGUAGUAAUCAUAUUCGGUGAGUGCAGGACGAAACGGAACCAGCAGAAACUGUUGGAAACAGAAGACUAAUUGAGAAGGUGUAAAAGAAGUCAUUCUGUGCUCGUGUAGGUGUGGAUAAAUGG